AUUACCAUUUACCAGUCCCAUUCAUCUCGCCUAUCUUCAAGUUUCUCUCUUUCAUAAGUCUUGAAUCCAAUCUCAUUAACCUUGAUAAUCCGACACAUUCAACUCCAGCCGCCAAAAGAGUAUGUAAAUCAUUAACUAAAAUCCAAAUUUAGACGGACCCCAUAGUUUUUUUUGGUAUCUUAAUCAUUAUUAAUGGCAUCUCUGUUAUUUUCUUCUGUUUCAAAAAGUUUUUGUGUUUUCCUCUCUGGUAGUAGGGUUGAAUAUCUUAAAACUGCUUGAUCUGAAAAAAAAUUUUCUGGGGUUUUUAUUCUAUACUUGCAAUUUUCUAAGGAAAAAAAGGAAAGAUGAAUGUGGCGAAGUCUCAGGUGUGGCAGCCUUGCAAAAAGAAGAGGCUUUAGAAUCUAGGAAACCUGAAAUUAUUGAAAAGAAAACUUUUUUAUCUAGAGAGAAAGAGGGAGGGAAAAGAAACAGGAAAAAAAAUGGAUGGGAUUUGUAUUGGAAAAUCGGCGUAGUCCACGAGAAUCACCAGUGUUGAUUGAAUCGAUACACACAGAGAUAUACAAGGAGAGAGAUACAGUUCUUGUGCAUGGCGAUGUCAUCGAGAUCAGGCGGCGGUAGCAGUGGCGGAAGUGGGAGGACGCGCGUAGGAAGGUAUGAACUGGGUAGGACGCUGGGCGAAGGGUCAUUUGCAAAAGUGAAGUUUGCAAGGAAUGUUGAGACAAAUGAGAAUGUGGCCAUUAAGAUUCUCGAUAAAGAAAAAGUUCUUAAGCACAAAAUGAUUGGCCAGAUUAAGCGCGAAAUCUCCACCAUGAAAUUAAUCAGACACCCAAAUGUCAUCCGCAUGUAUGAGGUUAUGGCCAGCAAAACGAAGAUAUAUAUUGUUAUGGAAUUCGUUACUGGAGGUGAACUCUUUGACAAAAUUGCUACUAAAGGCAGGCUGAAAGAAGAUGAAGCAAGAAAAUUUUUUCAGCAGCUCAUCAAUGCAGUAGAUUACUGCCACAGCAGAGGCGUUUACCACAGAGACCUGAAGCCUGAGAAUUUGUUGUUGGAUGCCAAUGGAGUUCUUAAAGUUUCAGACUUUGGAUUGAGUGCUCUACCUCAGCAAGUUCGGGUUAGUAUUGUACUGCACAAAAAGUUGUCAUUUUUUUGUAAUCCACAUUCUGUUUUUAUUUUCUUUGGUGCAUAAGGGUAUUUAUACAUU